CGCAAGAUAAUAGACAAGAUAUAACUAAGAAAUACUUUAAACAUUGUUUAAAGAGACCGCUGUAAAUCUGACGUGCAACUAUAUAAAUAGAAGGUUACUCAACGCGUACAGUCCUUUUACAAAUGAUUAACCGUGCAGCUUUUUAUAAAUAGAUAAAAUUCAGUAACAUUAUGUUUUAUUCUUUUAGCCAAGGAAAUGGAAGUUCAGGACAAGGAGGAAUGAAUGGAACGAUAGGACAAGGAGGAAUGAAUGGAACAGCAGGACAAGGCGGAAUCAAUGGAUCCGCAGUAGGUCAAGGUGGAAUAAAUGGAGUAGUAGGACAAGGAGUAAUGAAUGGAAUAGCGGGACAGGGAUAUGCCUCAUUAACACAAGCGACAGCUUUUCCUAUUGCUCAUCCUGGUAACAAACUCAGUGAUGAUCAAAGUGAAGGAUGGAAGGAGAAGAACUCAUCCAAUUCUGGACCAAGUAAUCUACCCAACGGUCUAGUGCGUAAGCAGAGUUAUGCGGAUAACGAGCACUAUCUACGCAAAUCUGCGAGCGUUCAAAUAAUCGCUCACGAGCCCUCGCGAUGCGAAGGAUGUUUCGACGGUCGACUUCCGCUCCUCAUGGUCGUCAUUUUCAUAGCAUCUGUCAUCUUUCUUCUGUGUGUCGGCGUGGUAGUCGAUUUUCAAAUGCUCCUGGUGGAUAAUAAUGAUGACAGUACAACAAAAGAAAUAGCUUCUGCUUUAG